AUGUCGGCACCAGUUCAAGACCCAUCACAGCCAAUAGAACCGUUUUUAAAGAAGGUGCUAGGGUCUCUAGAUUCAUGCUACAGAUCAGCAACUACUGGGCAAGCUCAAUUUACCAAUGUUGAAGCGUAUGCACUUCAGUUUGGCAAACAAUUAAAACCUGCUAGUUCUGUGAUAAUAAACGGUAAGCCUGUUCUCCCAUUGGCAGACACCAUUAAGUUGGAGUUCCAAAAGAAAUGGCUAGCGACUCCCUUGACCCAGCAUCAAUUGAACAGUUAUGAUUGUCAUCUUAUCCCCGGAAGUGGAGUGUUUGUAAUUCAAUUAAGUGGGAAGGUUAGGUUUGACGAAAGUGGUAGAACAAGACUAGGAGAAACCGCAGAUAUGGUAUCAGAACAGACCUCUCGACCUGUUAGACCAUUGUGGGGGUCAUGGUUUGGGUUUGACCUCAAUAUGGUAGUUGAUGAAUUUGUACUUAGUAAUGAUGAGAAUGAAGUCAUAAAUAGUUACAACUAUCGAAUAACAUACAAGCCUCAAGAUUCAGUCAUUGAUAUAUAG